GAGAAAGAAAGAGAGAAAGAGAGAGAGAAAGGGUGUGGAGCUGAUAGAGAGUUACAUAAUCAGAGUCCACUGAGCUGCAGCUCACGUCUCUUCUGGCAGGACGAUCAUGGAGCUGCUGCUGCUGGCUGCUCUGCUGUUGGUCGCAGCUUAUUUUCUUCUCCGUGUGACUGUUCUCAGGAUGCCCAGAUGCAAAAGUGCUGCAAAGCUUCAUGGGAAAACCGUAAUCAUCACGGGAGCUAACACCGGCAUCGGGAAGACCACCGCCAUGGACCUGGCCCGGAGGGGGGCCAGGCUGAUCCUGGCCUGCAGGGACCGGCAGCGAGCCGAAGCCGCCGUCCAGGAAAUCAUCCAGGAGACGGGGAACAGCCAGGUGGUCUUCAUGCAGCUCGACCUGGCCAGUCUGAAGUCCGUCCGCUCGUUCGCUGCAGACUUCCUGCAGUCCGAGUCCAGACUGGAUCUGCUCAUCAACAACGCCGGUCUGAUGAACAGCGGGAAGACGGAGGACGGCUUCGGGAUGAUCUUCGGCGUGAAUCAUCUGGGUCACUUCCUGCUGACGGUGUUGCUGCUGGACCGGCUGAAGGCCAGCGGGCCGAGCCGCGUGGUGACCGUGGCGUCCAGAGCGCACGAGAUGGGGACGGUGGACUUCAACUACCUGAAGACUCACAGAGACCUGGGGCCGGGCAGCGGAGACAUCCAGCUCUUCCAGCUGUACUGCCACAGCAAACUGUGCAACGUCCUGUUCACCUACGAGCUCGCCAAGCGGCUGCAGGGCAGCGCCGUCACCUGCUACAGCCUCCACCCAGGAGCCAUCCGGACUGAGAUCGCUCGCUAUGGGGGCUUCUGGUGGUCUCUCUUCUGGAAGCCCAUCAUCUACCUCUUCUUCCUGGACGCUGAGUCGGGAGCCCAGACCUCGCUGCACUGCGCCCUGCAGGACGGCAUCCAGCAGCUCAGCGGGCGCUACUUCACCUGCUGCGCCCCGAAGACGGACAUGGAGCCGAAGGCGAGGGACGCCGCCGCCGCCAGGAAGCUGUGGGAGCUCAGCGAGAGCUUCUGCGGCCUGUCCUGAAACAUCCAGUGUCCAAGCUUUGUUUUCAAUCCCAGAAUAUAUAAUAAAGAAUCAUGAGACACUGACCAAUCAUUUCAGUUUUUAAAAAAAUGUUUUAUACCAUUUAUCAGGCUGAGCUAAAUAACCCUGCAGCAUUAACUCAUCACUCUAUUAUUUUCAGUGGUGGUUCUCCACAGGGGCCUACAGGGGCCACUGGCCCGGUGAAGAAGCCCUUGGCCCCUGCUGUGGCCCCUGUGUCAAAUUGGUGGUGAGGUGGAUCAGGUGGUGGGGAAGGCUGCUGGACAGACAAUAAUAUUUUUGAGGGGGUCAUUUUUGGAUGUCGCCUUAUAAAGUGUUUUCCCACUAUUGUUGGCCAACUUUACCACUACUUGAUCAACCGAUUGACCCGUUUUAAGCAUUUUUAGGCAUUUUAAAAUUUGACAAUUUUUGACAAAAAUCGACUUUCUGUUGAGGGGGUCAUUUUUGGACAUCCCAUAAUUUGGUGUUUUUCUGUCAUUUCUGGUCAUAUUAUGCUCUAAUAUGUAUCAACAGACUAUAAUUGACUCAUUGUAAGCAUUUUUAGGCUUUUUAUUAUUAUUAUUUGACCAUUUUUGACAAAAAUCUACUUUUUUUUAUUGAGGGGGUCAUUUUUUUGACAUCUCAAAGUCUGUUUUUUCCCCUGUCAUUUUUAAAACAUAUUAUACUAUAAUAUGUAUUAAUCAAUAUUUUUCCAUUUUUGGACAUCUCAAAACGUCCACAUCUCAUAGCAUGUACAUACAUGGUAUGUUGUCAAAUUCUAAAAUAAAAGUCAUAGCAUAGUAUGUCAUCUAUCUCUUCUUUGGUGCUACCUAUUGAAAACUUGUGUUUCCUUGUUGCCAAGCAAGGGAAGUUCAAAGUGAAAAGUGUGACAUGAAGUGAGCUGAAUUUACUGUGAAACUACAAUAAAUCAUUUAUUAUCUUAGAUUAAGCUCUAUCACUUAUGAGCUCACCAGGCAAGUUUUAAAGAACAACAUUCAGGUAUGAAGUCUCCACCAAAUAAAUGAUAUUUAAUCCUAAUAAA